CAAUAGCAAGCAAACUUUAUGAGGCCAAUCCACUGAUAGCCAUGUGCAAAAAGUGUAUGCAUCAAAGAGAAAGAGAAGGGAUCCUUAAACCCCAUCCUUCCUAGCUAUCUAAUAUUAACUUUUUAUGAGUCUACUUAUAUGAUCAAAAAGUGCAUGUCCAGCUCUAAACUUUGCAAAUCUUCUUAUUUAACUCUAUCUUAUAAGUGGCUUUCCUCACAUUGAAAUAUAUUAAUGACCUUCUCUUACUCAUAAAGUUGUAUUAGGCGCCAAAGCUUAGUUUGUUGUUUAAUUCCAAUUGAGUGAGGAGGUCAUUUCAGUAUUCCAACUUUUGCCAGUAAAUAAUUUAGAGAAUCUCAUCAACUAGUCCGGACGGAUGGUCUUUCACUGUAGAUUAGUUUUAGACUUAUAAUAGUAGUAACAGUAUUGUAGACAAUCUGUUUGAGAAAACUUGCCAACAAUAGAUGGGUAUCACUAGGGGGUUGGCUAGGAGCGUCUUCUCAAAAAACAGGGCUGCUGGGACUCUUGAUGACACUGGAUUCAAAAACAAUAUGAUGGAAAAGAGAAGAUGGAACUCUGUUAGAUCAUAUCUAUGUGGGGAUGAAUUGUUGAAUUCAGUCAUUGCUGAGGAGGAUUCUGCUUCGUUCAGGAGCUCUGGGGUUAGUGCAAUCACUCUCACCCAGCAGAACUCAGUCAUUGCAGAGAAGGAUUCAGCUUCAUAUAAUAGCUCUGAAGCUACAGUCUCACAGCUGACUUCAGUCCUUGAAGGGGACCAUGAUUCGGGUUCAGUUAAGAGCUCUGAAGAUACCGUUACACAACCACUAACAGAGAACUGUGCAGAUAUAUCGGCAGGAAUUCAAGGAGAAGAAAGCAAGCAAGAUGUACAAGUUCAGAGCCUUCACUCAGACUCCAAAGUUAUGAAAGAGGAACAAGCAGCAACAAUCAUACACUCAGCAUUUAGAGGCUCUAUGGCUAGGUGUCGAAGGGAAGGAACCGAGUUAAGGGGUGGUAAUAAGGAGCAUAAAGUUGGAAAUGGAAGCCCAGAUUUGGAGUCUCUUGGUACCUCAAUUGAAGCUCAAACAGGAAAUUCAGUGGAAACUUUCUCUGUUCAAGGUGAACGUAAUGCUGUUCCUCAGAUGCAACAGAAACUCAGAAAUCAAGUUAUAAAGGAAGACUGGGAUGAUAGCACUGUUAGCAGCAACAUAUCCAAAAUGAGGAUUCAAAACAGAUUAGAGGCAACCACAAGGCGUGAAAGAGCGCUAGCUUAUGCUUUUUCACAGCAGCUAAGAAUCUGCUCCAAGAAGAAAGAGAUGAAAUCAAAUGGCAAAGAACCCCACAUGGGUUGGAGCUGGCUAGAACGAUGGAUGGCAACCCGCCUACCAGAGAGCUCCUCGGUUGAAAGCCGUGUGAAUAAACCAGAGGUGGAUUCAAUAUACAGAAACCAAAUCAGAACCAACAAUAGAUUUUUCGAUAUAGCAGGAGAAGAGAAAGAGAGCUGUGGUUCAAAUGAAGUGUCUCUAUCGUUUGAUAAUCUCUUAGUAAAAUCAGCAAACGAGAGAGAUGGUUUCAAGCCAGCUAGAAACAGAAAGAACCCAAGAACUGUAUCAAGGCGCAAAACGGUGCCAAGCAAUCAGUGCCAAAAAGAAUAUACCAAGGUAAAAAAAGAAGGAUCAUCCAAGGGAAUAUAAAAGACAGAGGCACCAAGCAGAAUAAGUAGGGAAAAUCUUGUGGAAUACCCUCAGCUUAUUAAUUGCUCAUCUUAUCCAAAUUUGUGAAUAAGUUUUCUUGCCACUUGAAAUGCUUUCGCGUGGACUUCCUAAUAUAACUGUAUUACCUAGUUAAACGUUAUGAACUACAACAUUUAUUGCGUCUCUGUAAAUCAUAAAGAACAUUACAUGGUGUAGGAAGAUCUAAGGCGUAUGCAGUUAAGGAUCUUUCAUGCCUCUCUAUUAACUAUAAUUGACCAGGGUUUGAUAAGGUUGGAAAGUGUAUAAAGUGUGCAAGGUAUUCUAUGCUA